UCAUCAUCAACGCUUUCACUCGGUCGGAAAGAAGAUUCGAAAAUUGUUCAAAUUUUCAUUUUGAAUUAUUUUUUGACUCCCGGCUCCUGAUGGCUCCUCGCCGCUUGGUUGACUCCAUCUCCUCUGAAUUCUCUCAUCCCGGCGUGCGAAAAAAUGGAAUAAUAUCCGACAGGAGAAAAUUUAUUUUCUAAAAGUUGUGUACAUUCAUCUGUCGUCCGAAUUCGAAUUGAUUGAUGGACGCGUUCUUAAUUUGUUUAGAUAUCGGCGGCGGCUGUUUUUUUUCUUUUCUUCUUUUCAUUCUGUGUCCAACUUUCUCCUCUGGGUCUUUAAAUCGCAAUCAACGAUUUGAUUGUCCGUUGAAUCACGACCGAUAUCCAUGCGAUCGGGUUCCGUUUAGCGAUUUCCCCGUUGGCCACGAUUGCAAUUGAUUAGCCCGUUAUUGUUUUUCGUGACAGAACCGAGGCGGGGAGGUGGGCAUUAUAAAGAAUAAGGAAAAACAACAGACAGAAAGACAAGCUGAAAUUCACAAGUUUGAUGGGUCGAUUUAUAAUAGCGGGACGAUGACGAGUGUUAAAGAAAAACAGCAGAGAGAGAUCACAGGUGGUGGUGUUGGUGGGGGAAAAGAGUUGCGGGCAGUUGCCAACUUUCGCGCCCGCAGAGAUAUUAGAACGAAUGGAAAACAACAACCGCUAAUCCGUUAUUACCUAGACACACAUGUGUUUAGCGGUUAGAGGGCCGAAUAGCCAAAAAAGAACCGGACUGGAUUUCUCAAUUCAUUUGAAAAUGGCGCCGGAGAAAAUUCAUGAGCAAUAUUGCACGCGAGAGUCUGGGCCGGGAGAAAAUCACGACUUGUAAACCGCCCAAUUGAAGAAAUCGCGUUCGGGAAAGUGAUGCUCGUCAUUCAAAUAACACGAUAUCUUCGGGAGUUGCAGGUGAAAUUGGCAGGAAUCAGGCGCCCGCAAAUGUGAAAUGCGACUUGGUUUUCAUUUCUUUCCAGGUAAAAAGGGAAACAAAUCUACGUCAUCGUGUCUAAAGUUCAGGUGGAAAGGUUGUGGAGUAGAGAGGGCAAAUGGCGAGACAAGAAUAUUGUCGAUCAACCGCUCCCGCACUACGCUUUACAUGUAACGCGUUCGUGAAUACUUUUGCGCAAUCAGGUGGGGAGGCCCUCCCGGGUUUUUUGUUGUUUUUUUUUCUAUUCUAGGAUCACUGUUGUUUUUCUGUGUCUCUCUUUUUCGAAAAUAGUUCUUUUGGAAUGGGCGAAGGUCGUUGGCACGCAAUAGAGCCAUCGCCUGAGCGCCAGCCACUCUCGAUCGCCCGCUCAAUUACGCAUUCCGAUAAUUUUUCGCUUUCCCAUAGCGGCGCCGAAACCUUCGUGAGGCGCACACGAGGCUUCGUUCUUUUUUUUUCUGAUUUUUUUCCAACAGCCCAUCGUAAAGAUUGUAAUAAUGAAUCUAUUUUGGUUCAGUAUUUAUUUUCAAGGACAUCUAGCCGCAUCUAGCGGUGAUAGUGGCAGACUUGCACGACAACACGCGAGUCUCUUGUUUUUUCUUCUGCUUGGAAAUCACGGAUGCCGAUUUAUGGCUUUCUUCAACGGCUGGAUUACGGCCACACAUAAUUGGCGUAUCUAUAAAAACGAGACCUCCCUAGUAUUUACGUGGUCGACUUUCUUAUUAUUUUGUUUUUCUUUCUUUCUUUUUCUUGGGGGCUGUUUGCUUUCGAAACUAGACCAUGUGUGACAAUGAAGAAGACGCCAGCACUGUUUUGAUGUUGACAGCUGGAGGACAAGAAAGCCUGUUGAACGACGACGACGAACAAACGACCGACAAUCAACAGCAACGGUUCUCGCACAAUGGGCCGGCAAACUCCACGCCGAAUUCGAAUGUAUUUCUAUUCUGUUCGGCCUCUAUGGCAGCCUUGGGUGGCCUGCUGUUUGGCUACGACAUUGGAAUCAUUUCAACUGCCCUGCCUCAAAUCAAAGCAGGGUUCUCGCUGACUUGCUUUCAGCAGGAAAUGGUGGUCAGCCUCAUGUUGGUCGGAGCCCUAUUUGCAUCACUGGUUGGAGGUUCCUUCAUUGAUAAAAUUGGCAGCAGAAUGUCCAUCAUCCUAAACGCUGUAGUAUUUAUAGCAGGUGCAAUUUUACUUGCACUUUCUCCCAGCUAUGGCUGGCUGUUGGUGGGAAGAUUUAUUGUGGGCUUCGCUGUGGCCUUGUCAGCAGUCAGUGAGUGCAUCUACAUAUCAGAAAUAUCCACUCCGCACAACCGAGGUAUGCUGGUUUCGCUGAAUGAACUUGCCAUCACCGUCGGAUUCCUAGUGGCGUACAUAGUCGGCCUGGUAUUCAUCAACCGGCCGGAUGGCUGGAGGUUCAUGUUUGGCCUGAGCGCCGUGCCAGCGGCCGGCCAAUUAUUUGGCAUGAUACAAUUGCCCAACAGUCCGCAUUUUUUGGUGUUGAAGCAUCGCGAUCAAGAGGCCGAGGCUGCCGUUAAGAAUUUGCGUCAAUUGAAGAAUCCCGACCAAGUCCGGCAAGAGCUGACCCACAUCCGUUUAUCGCUGGAGGCCGGUCGUUCGCAGAGUUGCUGGUCCUUGUGUUCCAGCGCCGAUGGCUUGCGCGCUUCCAUGAUAAUCGCCUUUGGAUUGGUAAUGGGACAGCAAUUGACCGGCCAGCCGAACGUUCUCAACUACGCUUCAACCAUUUUCCAACAAGUUGGUUUUUGCGGUCGUGAUCCGGUCAGUGCUACGUUCCCAACCGUCGGCCUUGGAAUCGUCAAGUUGGCGGCCACGGUGGUUUCAUUAUUGUUGGUCGAUCGCAUGGGCAGGAGGAAAACCUUGCUACUGGGCGCACUCAUCAUGGCGGCCAGCUUGAUUUGUCUCAGUGUCUUCGCCUUUGUCCAGCAGCAAGGUAGCGACACGAUGAGACCCACCUGCACGGACGGCCAGCCUUCGAAUUAUUCGUCAAACGUCACAUCCCCACUGACCGACGAUUGCGGUUCAUCGUCCCACGUCAAUCCGGCACUGCGCUACAUGGCCUUAGCUGCUUUAAUGGCCUACGUGGCGGCCUACUCGUUCAGCUUCGGACCCGUCACUUGGCUCCUGUUGAGCGAGAUAUUCCCGGCCGCCAUCAAGGGUCGAGCCAUGGCCGUUUCGACUUCAGUCAACUGGGCCGUCAAUCUAGUCAUUUCGGCCACUUUCCUCCGCACCGUCCAGCUCCUGUCACUGGGCGGCGUGUUUGUCGGCUACGCCGUUCUCACAUUCUUGUCGAUCGUGUUCAUUUUCCUGGCCGUUCCCGAGACGAGAAACAAGACGCUUCAUCGAAUCACCAAGGAACUGCAGACGACCACCUUCACCGGCCGCAUGGUCCAGCACGCACGGCAAUUUCCCUGCUUCAAUAACUCCGCCUGGCUGCUGAAACUCGGCGGCAAUUACUCCCAGCUGGCCAAUAAUAGUCAAGAAGUCGUUAUGGAGACUCUCAUCUCAUGAAAAUUGGCCCAUUCCCCACAUCGCUCGCUAACUGUGAUUUUGGGUUUUCCCAUCCAAUAACAAAUCAAAUGAGGUAAAUGACGUAAUUUUUUAAAAGAUGGCGCUUCAUCGUGGAAACUUUUGCUCACUCCACGGGACCGUAUCCAAGAUCUGUUUCAAGAUAAUUUUUUCGUUCCAACUACUUUUUUUUUACUUCUUUUCUUUCAUUCUCUUGCACAUUAUUCUUCGCCAAGAUUCAUUUCCGCCGCUUAAAUGCCGUAGAGCUGUGGAAUUUCGUACAGGGGGGCAAGCCAACUAUUUCGUGUGCGUGGUUUCGUGCCUCUCGUUCACAAAUAGCCACCAAUGUCUUUUCUAUUUCUUUUCUUUUUUUUUUUUUACCAAAUUUCUUUUUUUAAAUUUUUGUAUUUUUAUUUUCCGAUUUCGCCAUGUUGUGUGCUGCUAUCUAGUGGCAAUUCUGUCUACCCUGUGAAUGUGACGUCACAUUUUGUAAUAGGUCGAGGACUCGAGGUGAUUGCGAUCACUGUACCGCAAAAAAAAAGAAAAGAAAAGAAAUGCUUUGUUUUAUACUGGAACGUGUCCUUCGAUCCCCCAUUCACAUGGACUGGAAACGUUUGGUGAAAGGAGCAUUAGUAUAUACCAUGUAGCAUUGAAAUUUGGCUCGGAAAGUUGGAAACCCAAGAAGUUUGAUUCACACAUCCGUCAACAAAAAUAUCUAAUCCUCCAAUUGGAAUAUUAGGUGUCACCGACGUUCCGGAACUGCGUUUUGUUUCGUUUGUAUUUUUUCCGCGAUCGUUUUUUUUUCGGUUUAGCGUUCCAUGACGUUGAUUCUCCCGGUGUCCCUUUGAAAAACGACGACUCGCUGCACCGACGUAGCGCAUUAUCAGGUAUAGGAUGGAUAACCUUACGUGGUUUUUGAUGUGUGCGUGUGUGUUUGCAAGUUGACGGAAGCCGCGAACUGAAAUCAUCACAAGUCGAAAAAAAUAACAAAAAAAGUGGGAGGAAUGUAGGUCCAUCCCAGGGUUUUUCCUGUUGGACAUUUUGCUAUCCUGGGACUUUCCUAAGCUCUGCGAUAACGAACGAUGGGUUUAGCUUAUGCCCACAGAGUGUAGGUGUAGUAGUAUAUAGGCUCCACCUAUCCUGCGGGGCCCGUCCUUGAUCGCCGGUUACUUAAUUAUACUUCCCGACGCCCUUUGGCUCACGUUCGCCACGACGGGAGAGAACUAGAAAUAAGUAGAGACGUAGAGAGAGCGUGAUUUAUGCUCGGCGAACGUUAUAACCCCCCCUCUCGACUCUCUUUUCUUCUUUCUUCUUGUUGUUGGGCAUCCAUUCAAAGUCACGUUACGUUCCUCUUUUGUUUUCUUCUUCUUUUUACCUUUUGGCCCGAUAGUAAACAGACUUUCAAGUUCUCCUUGUCAUUCCAGUCUCGCGACGAUGAGAACAGCGCAAAAAGGUCAGAGUCGUUACCCACAAGUUAAUAGUCCCCAAAAGUCCCCUUCAUCUUUUUUUUUUCUUUUUCUAACCAGGGCGCGGCUGACCGAGAGAAAUUAUCCCAACGCACUCUGAAUUCGCUACUAUGUAGGAGACCGUUGUUGACAUUCGUGUCGUGCGUAUACAGCAAAAGAGACUCGGGUUGAGGGGAGGAGGGCGAUCUCUUUGGUAAUAGCAGCGUCUAAUCAUCUUGUUAUCCAAUUUUUUUUAUUUUGAAUUCAAACUCUGUCCCGAAUAUUUUUGUGCGUUCGGUUCCCCUUUUAUUUUUUUAUUUUUUGACUGUGGUGUUCGUGAGACAGACGAAUCGCGUGUCUUGUACAUUAUUAUCUCUCCCGUCAUUUUCGCCGGACGGAAAAAAAUUUUUUGGGAAGAGUCAAGAAGCCACAGGAUCCAAAGUCCUGUGUGUUUGUUUUUUUUUUCCCGAAAAGAAAGAGAAAGAAAGAAACGGUAAAAUUUACAAGGGAGAGAGAGAGAGAGAGGAAAGCGCGUGAGUCGCAUAGAGCACGUGACGCCUUUGACAUCCCUGAGCAGCAGAAGAGAAUAUUUCCGUCCAGGGUCUCCUCCUUUUCAUUCCACAAGUCACGCAGCGAAAGUUGUUCUCUCUCUCCUAUAAGCGCUGAUGCCAAAAGAGAGAGAGAGAGAGAACUGUUGUAAAAUGUAUCAACGAAAAAAGGACGGAUGGAAAACACACACGAAAGAAGAAGAAGAAGCUGCUGGUCGGCUUGGCUGCAGAUAUGCUUUGCACGCGGGUAUUUCGCUCCCGUUCCUUUUUUUUUCUUUUCUUUUUUUAGGAGCCAGAAAAAUCCUUCCCUCCCGCCGUCGUCGUCGUCGUAUAUAUACUCGUUUGAAAAAGAAGAGUAUAUUAUAACAAGCGAAAGAAGAAACGACGACUACCGGCGCUCACGAAGCUAUUAAUAGGUUUCCUUCAAAAAGUCCUCGACGUUCCGUUAUGUUCCUACUGGGCAAACCAAAAGAUCCUACAGUCGGUAGAGUAUGCGCUAAACUUUCACGUGAUGCCUCCCAUCGGGACUGGGGGUAUCGAAAUCAAUGUAUAUAACCAGCUCUCAUAUACAUAUGCCAAAUUCGAAAGGGAGGCGUGAGGGGAGGGCAGAGACUUCACCCAACUAUUCGAAAUAUCCGUAGUCGUGUCGUCCGCGGUGCGGUGCGCCUGCGCUCACGCCGAUGUGCGUCAGCCGCGCCUCAUUAUCAAAACUUUACGGUUCAAUAGACGGAGAAACAUGUGAGAGAUGGACAUUUGCGCUGGCUGUGUGACGCUAUUGAAUUGAAUACAUUUUUUCUCUUCUCGCAUCGCCCACCAGUUCCAGGUAAAAGUCGUCAGUAAAAAUGACGAACCCCUCCGCCAAAUUCGCGCUGACAGAUGAUCAUAUCAAACGUGAGCGGUGGUGGUGGUGGUGGCGGAAACAAGGUUGUUGCGCAAUCCGCGCAGAACCGCUGCCGGACAAUCACAUAAUUAUAAUAAACUGGGCGUAUGGAAUCAAAGCCAGCACACAUGCCCGUCGACCGUGAGUGCAUUAAAUAUAUACACGCGCAUCGCAGCUUUUUCAGCGCUCAACAACUUUAUUUUUUUUCUUUUUUUGUUUGGGGGGCUCUUUUGUUUGUGUAGUUUGUCCACAAGGAUAUUUUGGUUUGGUCGUAGCCUUAAAUGGAAUCGCUCGGCGUGAGCGCGCGCGCGCCCGUGAGUGGGACAGACCCGAGCAACAAGAGGCUAUACGGCGACAGGGAGAAAUUGCGUUCACCGUGUCUAGGUCAAUUCCUAUCUGGCAAGGAGGCCUUUAAGAGUCUCCAACAUAGCGGUCUAUAAGAUGUGCAACGUCACAGACGUAGCUAUAGAACUCUACUAGCGAUUUAAAAAGGCUCCCAUGCUGUUCGUUCGCAGUAACCUCAUUUCUCUCUCUCUAGCCCGUACACACACACACACAAGUAGCGCAAUUCCCGUUCGCCUUUUUUUUUCUGUCUCUUCAAGAUUUCCUUUUUCAAUCGAUCAGUUCUUUUUUCUUUCUUCAUGACGACGCUCCUCUCUCGUUUCCAAGGUGAUAAGCAACUACCAACUACUCGAAAGAAAGUAGUGUGUGUAGUAGUAGUAGCUAUAUAGGACUUGUCACGGUUUGACAGCCGUAAACAACGCAACGUCAUCAUCCAACUCACGUUCUUCUACCAGGGAGUAAUAAGUAGGAAGGCGCUGGAAAUCGGUUAUGGGCGAACCACGGCAACUAACGGAAUCGAAAGUAGGCCUCGCGGAUAAACAUAGAUUUUUCAGGCCUCUCUUAUUUUGGCACCACUAGAAGAAAUUGGGAAAAAAAAAGAAGAAAACUGGUUAGGCAAAUGUGAAGGGAAAAAUCACCACGGGUCGACUUUGAACAGAGAACCAUUCUCUCUCUCUCUCGUUUUUCUUUUCAUAUUCGGGGCUAUCCUGUUGUGUGUGUGACACUUGGGAUAGGAAAACGAACGGUUAAUCUUAUUUCUCUCCUUUCUUUAUCGACUCUUGGCUUGCACAAAAGAAAAUGGGCAAGAAAAAGGGCCUGUCGUUUAAUGAGAGUCAACCAGCGCCACCUAUAACAACUUGACAUUGGCCGUCUAAAAAUAGUUAUUGGGAAUUUUUCUGGAACAACGUCUGACGUGGAGAAUAGUGUUUGUAUGAUUCAACAACAUUGAUUGAUCGAUAGUGAGUGUGCGGUGUUGGUUGCGCGGUCAC